UGUCUUCUUCCAGACCUUAAUUUCGUUCUCUCUCUCUCUCCAUCUCCGUUCCAAGCUUCUUCCUUUUACAAGAAAGCCUUUUGGCCCUUUUUCCUUGCGCUGUAUGGUAUAAUCACAUUCCUCAAUAUAUAAUUUUUGGGGUAGUUGAAUUUCAUGUGAGAGAACGAGUCUUGAUCAUUGACUAUUAACCAACCGAAACAUUAAACACAGUGAAUUAAGGUUAGAAGAAGACAUGAGUUGCAACGGAUGCAGAGUUCUCCGAAAGGGUUGCAGCGAGUCGUGUGUACUACGCCCUUGCUUGCAGUGGAUCGAAACCCCCGAAGCCCAAGGACACGCCACCGUCUUCGUCGCCAAGUUCUUCGGUCGUGCCGGCCUCAUGUCCUUCAUCUCCAACGUCCCCGAGUCCCAGAGACCUGCUUUGUUUCAGUCUUUGUUGUUUGAAGCUUGUGGACGUACCGUGAAUCCCGUAAACGGCGCUGUCGGGCUUUUAUGGACUGGAAACUGGCACGUAUGCCAGGCGGCUGUCGAGACCGUCCUACGAGGCGGCGCGUUGCGUCCGAUUCCUGAGCUUCUUCACUCUGGGGGUGCUCCGACUUCGACUCCAGCGUCCGAUGAAACAUCCGAGGCCGACGAAGUCACCUGUUCGGACAUGUGGAGACUAGGGAAUCCGAGUCUGAAUUCCCGGCCCAAGGUCUCCCCGAAGCGCAAGCGAUCUACCGAAGACCCGACCGCACUCGAUCUCCGUCUGACUCCCAGUUUCCCAGCCAAGUUAUUGGCCCAGAAGCCGGAGAUCCGGCGGCCGGGCACUCCCUCCAUGAAUUCCGCGGAGUCCGUGACGACCACGUGCUUCGAAAGCAGCUUGGCAGAUCAAAAUGGACAUGGAGGGGACCGAAAGCUCCUCCUCAACCUGUUCGUUUGAAAUGGGUGAACAUCACGUUCUUAACGCUUGCGAGAUCGCCGUAAUGCCCCUAUGAACUAGCUUUUUACUUUCAGUUUUCGUUUUCUUCUUUCUUUGGGAGAAAAAGUUUUCCCGGAAUUCAAGUCCGGCGAGAUUUUGUGAAUUACCGGCACAGGAUUUCUCUCCUUCUUGUCAUUUAGAGAGAGAGAGAGAGGAAGAUGAUAGUUUUGUCGGUGAUGUUUUUUUUUUAUAAUUUUCCUGGGUUUCUUGGUAUCUUGUAUCAUGUAGCUACGACUACGAGACAUGAAUAAUGAUUAUAAUUAUUUCUGUUUCUUUGAC